AUGUGGCUCGCCAAGUGCUUCUUCACCGUCCUCCUCGCCACACUCGCUGCCUGCACCCCCAUCGGUCCGGUGCCACCUGUGAUCACCAAUGUAGCCGGGAGGCAUCUUACAGUGGGAAUAUCAAGGCUCGAGGGCGAUAGAAAUGAACGCGUGUAUAUCCGACGAGAAAUCCACGAUCUGAAGAACAAUUUCCCUGACGUAUGGAAUCUCUAUCUUCUUGGGCUGCAAGCUUUCCACGCGGUCGAUCAGGGUGACCCCUUGUCCUUCUACCGCAUUGCAGGUAUUCAUGGCAAACCUUUUGAGGUCUGGCAGGAGGCGGAGGGUGCGCCUAAUGCCACCGCGCGCAACUAUUGCCCCCAUACGAGCCCACUCUUCUUGACCUGGCACCGAGCAUAUCUAGCGCUCUUUGAGCAAGAACUCUAUGGUCACGUUCAGCGUAUAGCAUCCUCAGCUCCAGCAGACCAGCGAGAACGUUGGGGCAUCGCAGCAGAUUUGUUCCGUGUCCCGUACUGGGAAUGGGCUCUGGGCGAGAGCAAUGAACCUGUCCCGGACUUCUUCACGAACCCGGAAAUCCAGGUAAUCCGACCGGGGACUGGAGAAACGCAAACCAUUUUCAACCCUCUUUUCCAGUAUAGGUUUCAUCCGGUGAAUCCACAAGACUUUGACGGCAAGUGGGCGUCCACAAACGCUACACUUCGCUGGCCAAUAUCGAACAAGCCCAAUGCACCAUCAGUAAACGAAAACUUCAUCCAAUGCUUCGAGAAGCAGCGACGAGAUUGUCACGAUGAAUUAAGCCUCGGAUAUAGCGUGCCGACAACACUCAACGAUUUCAGCUCGAAGUUAGAGGCCGUUCACGGCUACAUACAUUAUUGUGUCGGUGGGAAUGGGGCAAAUGAGGGAAACAUGUGGCCUAUCGAGUACUCGGCCUUUGACCCACUGUUCAUGCUUCAUCAUGCGCAGGUCGACCGUCUCUUUGCGCUAUGGCAGGCCCAGAAUCCCGAUCGCUGGCUCAUGCCCAAGAGUGCUGGCCCGGAAGGAACUUUCGUCAUUUUUCCAAACCAAAAGGUAACUGCAGACACGCCAAUCUCGCCUUUCUGGAAGCGCGAAGACGAGUUCUGGACUUCCAACGAUCUUCGCAAUACCAGCGUGUUCGGCUACACAUAUCCAGAGCUACAGUGGUGGAACUACCCUUCUGCCGAGGCAUUGCGCGUGGAAGUGAAUGCGACCAUCGCGAAGAACUACGGUUCCAGCGCCCGGAGCAGACUAAAGAGUACUGGUCAGACCGGCGGAGAGCUCACACGCUUGCUUCAAGACGACGACUACUUCACUGACUGGACUAUCGAAGCGACUGCCUCCGACCUAGAUCUCCCACCUACUUUCCAGGUCCAGUUCUCGCUCGUAGGAGACUUCUCCUCGAGUGCUACCGCUGAGGUUGGGCGAUGGAUAAGGCUCAUGCCAUCAGACCAUGCUAACGAGGCGCGAGAGGCUCAUCGAGCUGCGCGUAAGGCGAAGCGCACGAGUACGCUGGCACGGACUGUGGAAUAUACGGUCAGUUUGACAGCGAGCUUGCUGGACCAGAUCGAAGCCGGGAAGCUAGAGAGUCUAGAUCCCAGUGAUGUUGUGUCGUACUUGAAGAGCAGCUUGACCUGGAACGUCUUUGCGGGCGAUGGAUCGCGCGUCCAUGACAAAGACUUGGACAGCCUGAUGGUUGAGGUUAUGAGCAGGAGAGUCCGCAUUCCGGAUGAUCCGUCGCAGCCGUUGGAAUAUAGCAGCGAGAUAACGCGCCAUCCGGAGAUCACGGCGGGUAAGCUUGGUAGUAUCUAA